GCACAGGAUUUGAAGAUACUGUAAUGCUACUACUAGAUGUAUUUGAUUGGUUUAAAAUUUUGCUUCACUCGAAUUCGGUCAAAAUUCAUGGAUGCCCAGCAUGGAUAGAAAAUAACUUCUGAUGCUAAUGCUGACACACCCUUAACAAAAUUUAUUAGUAUUUCAGUAUUUGAGCUUCUCUCAGAUCGAAUCUGAUCCGCCUCUAGAACUUUCUCUGUCAACCGGGAAUUACUAGCACGCCAGUACCAUCCUUGUUCUCUGGCACUUUGCACAUGACUGUGCCUGUCGAUUUCACAUUGGCCUGUUGUUCUGCCACGAAGCUGGGGACGCCUUGAAUUCUAGCUUUGCCGGAUUGGCUGCAGGGCCGGCGCGGAUAGUACUCGGAUGAGUUUAAAUGUGGGUAGUUGGGAAGCUACAGGUAAAAGUAAAGGGGUUGAUCUCUGUUACUACUGCCCUGGUAUGAAUGCUGGCUUUACUGCACUCUGAACCCCCCCAUUUCCUCCUCUCCUGCAUCCCUCGAUAGCUGCACCUGAUCCGCCAUUUAGGCAGCAUCAGAUUGCUGUACCACUAAAAUCCCUGCAUUUGUCAUUUGCGGGCUGGUCAAGCAUUGGCUUUGUGUUACAGAACUGCACUGUCAGCGUAAGAUGAGCUCCAUGCUGGCCCAUGCCUGUGUGUCCUCUGUAGGCUGGGCAGUUACUGUCACUGAGAUGUGGGUCUUGCUGCACAGAAGCAUGGGCGAGCUGGCCUCAUUGCAGUUCAGCUGUUCUUCCUCCAUGAAUGCUUCAGUACUUCGCACAGUGGAUCAGCACUAGCUCAGCACCUCACCUCACCUCUGCAUAUAUAAACGUGUGUGCUGAGCUGAGCAGCUAGUUCUUGGACAACCAAACCAAGCAGCAGAUCAGAGUCGUGCAAAUUAAAGGCAUCAAGCAGCAGUGCAGCCAGCCAUGGAGAAGAGAAGCAGCAGCGGUAGCGCGAGCCUCGUGCUGGCCCUCCUGCUGGCCGCCUCGCUCGCGCUCCAGCCGUGCCACGGCGCGCGCGGCGUCCCCGCCGGCGCCGGGCCGGAGGAGAAGCCGCUCCGGCCCCAGAACGUGUUCGGGUUUGGCGGCUUCUACCCAGGCCCCACCGUCAACUGGGUCUUCCCGGGGCCCAACGGCGUCACCCCGCAGGUCGGCUUCGGCGGGAUGCCGGGCUCCGGCGCCUUCCCGGGGGUCGGCGGCAGCGGUGGCGUCUCGCCAUUCACGCCCGGCGGCGGCGGUGCUGCUGCUGGCGCCGCGGCGAAGAAGCCGUGAGACCCAGAGGUGGCGACCCGGAUGUCAGGCUGUGUUGUGUGUGAGUUGAGGUGGUCGAGCUUGAGGUACGGUAGAGUUUCGUGUGUGGUGUGGAAGGUUGUGUAGCGGUAUGAGCAAAGUCUCUUGUCUGUUCUUGUCGUGGCCAUCGUGUUAGUUGUGAAGGACAACUUCUCAAGCAGGUACCUGCUAAAUCUU